CGACGCUCUUCGUAGAGGAAGAAGAACGGCGCUGCAGCGGAGUUGUUGUUCCGAGAGUGCAUCAAUAUGAUUCACCAGCUGGGGCUAACGCUCGUCGCCGAUUUCUUUGUGAUGGUCAGCGUGGCAGUCGUUGCCUCAUCGCAAGAUGUAGACAGCGUGAUUGAGCAGGAAAAGGCCUCACAAAAGAACGCCUUCGUUCUUCCGGUGCUGGACAGUUUUCCUCCAAUCCUGAGUUCCCAGCAAAGGCAAUCCUUUAUGGAAGGCGAGCUGCCCUACAGCAUACAGACGCGAAGCUACCGGGACGUUAUCAAUGCGAACGAGCCAGAGUUCUUGCAAGUGUCGUACCCUGAAUCAUCGCACAGUCUGUUUCCUCGGAGUUCGAAGCCUAACGUCGUACUCCCGGGAGCCAUCAUCGUUGACCCACGCCACGGUAUCCUGCUGCCCGAGGGCCGAUCUAGGUCGGAGCUGGAGCCGGUUAUCUGGGAUAGCUUUCACGUCAUGGAACGCUACCUGAACAAGAGGAACCAGACGAAACUGCCGAUUAUUAAAUCCAGAAAACGACGAAGUAUGGACAGCGACAGCAGCCCACUUCUUCAUGUACUAUCGCAACGAUCUGAGAGCCAGAGCUCCUCAGAUACCUCUUCUAACAGGCCAGCUGCGCAACAACCGGAACUGAAUGUACUGCUUUCGAGCCUCGUGAAAAAGAAUAACGAGAGCCAGUGGCAAGUGUUCAUUUCCAAUGACUCAGUCAGCGACAUGCCGCCACAGUCCCCACUUGGCCUUCAACAAGAGAACAGCGCCUUGCCUGGUGCUCUAAAGAGUUCCAAUUCGAGCAAUGAGACCAACACUUCACCCGACAUAAAGUUAAAGCGAAUGAAGCGGUUUUGGUUGGUUCCUUUGCCAAAUAAGGUCCAUAGGAACAGAAGGGAAGUUCUGCCGUACCAUGGAAAGGCGGCACGCGUCGGAGGCAGCGACCUGAACGUGGACAACAAGACGUUGAUGACAACAUUCGCCAAGGCAUCAGAAGCCGUCCUGCAGCUGUUUCAAGCCGAUAAGUUGCACCAGUCUCCAAAUGAGCUUGCAAGCAGGUAUCCGAGCGAUCUGUAUAAGUCCCUCGUCGAACAGGCGAAUAUGAGGGGUGCGUCCUCUUCGGUACCCGAUCACAAAAAUGCUGGUUUGGACGAAGCGUUUCCCAGUGUGUAUGAGAAUCUCAAAGCGGCAGAAGACGAAAAAAAGAUUGGAACAUUGGAGUCUGAAGGAACAGAUGAUGCCAGUGCACAUAAGGAAGGUGAACACGAUAGCAGCAUCAGUCAUCGCAGGGAAGAACAGGGAUCGCCACACGUCAAACAUAAGCCUUCCCUGAAGAAGCGGCAUCGCGGAGGCGGUCACAGGCGCCCACCUGCAGAGAGCGACGACACGAGCGGCCAAACAGCUUACGAGGACGUCACCGAGGCAGACGACAGUGACUCCAGCGGCGACGCCGGCAGCGACUACCCCGAUACCAGCGGCGGCUACCGAAGCUCCAGGCGGGGGUACCACGAACCAUCAUAUGCCCUCCAUGGCGACGCGCACCAAGGACUCGACUUCGUCAAGGCUCGAUCUCUUCGAGCUCCGGAGAGGGAUACUCGGAGCCAACAAGGCGUGGGCGGACCCCUCCCAAGUGGUCCAGAGGACGGGCAACUGGUGUCGGUUAACGGACUCCCGUACGUUCUUAUCAAGGAUACUGAAGCUCUGAGAAAAGAAGAUGAAGCAAUCCCUGGCGAAGCCGUAGUUCCAAAUCCACUAGAUAAACUAGGUAUGAUCUACCGCCCGCUUAAAGGAAGGAAAGUGGAUCUUGGCUUUCUCAGCUCGCUCCAAGCAGACGCCCUAAUAACACCGAAUACCGCAAAUCUGAAAGACGGGAGUGUUCAGCCAGAUUAUCCGCUUGCGGUGUUGUUUAAGAUCCCGAGAGAGCGCCUGCUUCAAUCGCUUCGGAACAUGAACGAUGACGUUCAGUACCCUACGCUGUUUGAGAAGAGAAGUUCAAAGAAAGAGUAUAAUGGGAUAGUCAAAGGUAAAGAAGGCAAAUGCAUUCGGGUUAGAAAUUCUGUUGUUUGUUACAAUGCACGCAAAACGGAACAGUAACUCUGUGAUACGUUAACGUGUGGAAGGUACUGCCUUGUGUCAGAUAUCGCAACUGUUAGUGGUGUCGAUUUCAGUGUAUGUAGAAUACCGUUAUAUGGUCAUGCUGUCGGUCCACAUAACGUGUGGAAAGCUGUGUCAACGCUAUUGCCUAUAUUCAAAUGUUGUAACGUACUGGUAAAUUGUUUCCGAACUGUGUUGCCAGAAGCAAACCUAGUUUGAAGAUAUCCUGGUGCACGAAAUAUAGCAACAUCACGACGUUUGCA